AUGGUUGGAAAAAUAGACGCCUACAUCGAUUGUGUUUCCCCGUAUUCAUACUACGCGACGUUAUACCUAAGACGCAAUCGCAGAGCACUAGAUUCAUAUGGAGUUGAAAUCGAAUUCCAUCCCGUUUUCUUAGGCGGUAUCAAUGUUGGAUCAGAUAAUAAACCUCCAUGGACACUCCCAGCCAAAGCUGCAUAUUCCAAAUUUGACAUGCAGCGAGCGUGUACAUACUUCGGCGUGCCGCCGAUCAAAAUACCGGAAUUCUUUCCGAUCCUUUCGAUAAUGCCGCAGCGAUGUAUGAUCUAUAUCAAGCGACAUUAUCCACGUGAGAGGUUCGAAACAACCUUCAUCUCAUUGUGGGAGGGGAUGUAUCACAAGAACAUUGACAUUAGCAAGCUGGAGAAGCUAGUAGACCUGCUCAAGAUACAAGAGUACUCCGAUCAGGAAGUCAAAGAAAUCCUGGCUGCUGUAUCUAAUCCUGAGUAUAAGCAGGCGCUGAUUGAUAAUACUCAGAAAGCGCUGGACCUAGGCGCGUAUGGUGCGCCGUGGUUCUGGGUGCGGAAUGAGAAGGGGAACGAGGAGCCUUUCUUUGGAAGUGACCGUUUUGCGUUUAUGUGGCAGUACUUGGGAGUGCCGUACCAUGAUAUAGCUAUCACUGAGAAGGCGCGAUUGUAG